GGCUCGGCACGGCCCGGCACGGCUCGGCUGGGCUCAUCACAGCCCAGCACGGCUCGCCUCGGCCCGGCUCCGCCCGUCGGGGCCGCGCUGCUGCUGACUCAGCCGCGGGGGGGCCCCGCAGGCGUGGCGGCCGCCUCCGGGGCCAUAAAGGGCCGCGGCCGGAGCCCGCCCCGGCCUCUCCUCGGCGCGAGGUGCCGCCGGCAGCAUGACGGCCAUCGGGGCGCAGGCGCAGAGGCUGCUGGCGCACCGGAGACCGCAGAAAGCCUUCUUCGAGACGCUGAUCAGGAGCCUGAUCAUCCUGUGCGUGGCCAUCGCCGUCGUCCUCUCGUCCAUCUCCGUCUGCGACGGCCGCUGGCUGCUGGCGAGGGGCGAGCUCUUUGGGCUGUGGCACUUCUGCACCGUCAGCAACGGCAGCGUCCUGAAGUGCAGCACCGACCUGGGCCUGGCCAACGUGGAGGGGCUGAGCGUGGGCAUGAUUCCCAUCAGGAGCAUGGUGUCCUUUGCCGUCGUGGUCGCUAUCUUUGGCUUGGAGCUGCUGAUGGUCUCCCAGGUCUGCGAAGACGCCAACUCGAGACGCAAGUGGUCGAUGGGCUCGGUCCUCAUCCUUGGCUCGUUUUUGCUGUCGGCUGCUGGGGUUCUGAGCUUCUCCAUCCUCAUGAAGGAUCACCUCACCUUCAUGGGCUUCACGCUGACGUACUGGUGCGAGUUCAUCGCAGCCUUUCUCUUCUUCCUCAACGGGAUCAGUGGACUGCACAUCAACAGCAUAACGCACCCCAGGAACAGGGUAGGAAAAAUCUAGGUGCCGAGGGUGUACUCUGCCUUUGUGUAAUCAGCUUUGCCAAUUAGACUGGAAAAAAAAAAGGGAGUCUAAUGAAGUUUGAAAAGGACACCAUGCCUUAAAUCGCGUGCAAGGAGGGAAGCGUGAGUCAGGCAGGCAAUUGCAGAAGACAUGCCCACUGGUCAGCGCGGAGGCUGGGACUGGCUGCUGCUGGCACGCAGCUUCCUGGAGGAAUGGAUGAAGAAGGAGGCUUCCUGCUGAGCUUGUGGAGGAGGAGCAGGCUGCAACCUACACAAGUGGGCUCAGCUUUUGAGGCUUACACAAAGCCUGUACUGGUGUGGGUUUGGUGCUGCUGGGCUUUCCCCUGCGCUCUGGAGCCUGUGAAGAGUGUGACGCACCUCCAGAGCAUCUCACGGCUUUUUACUGUCUCAGGGAUGGAUGACUUGUGCCUGGCCAUGCUUACUGAAAACCUUCUCUGGGCCUCGCUCUCCUCCUUUCCCCUUUCAAAAGAGAAGGCACGCAGGCAAACAGAUCACUUAUGUUGUGUCCUACAGCUGCAAUCCCUGUCCCAGCCUCUGUAGGUCUGUCUGUAGCUCCUCUGAGCAGAGGGACAGGGCAAUGUGGCUGUCCUGGGGCCCGAGGGCAGGCUCGGGGCGAUGCAGGAGUUCCAGGAAGGCUGCACCGCCUGCCUCGGGCAGCAGCACGUUCCUGCACUCACAGCCUCUCCCCUGCUGCUCGUCAGUGCCCAUACAGCACCUUGGUCAAUGCCAAGUGCCCCUCGCUCAUGCUGGCUCCCUCACAGCCCUUGCAUAGUUUGCUGUGAUGGGGUUUCCUUUUCCUGGUUUCUUUUCCAUCUGUCUGGGGAUGGAAGGAGAGGGACAAGCUUUGGGUGGGCAUUGUGGCUGGGCAGACCAUGCUUACUCCUAUAUCUCGGCACACCUGGGGUGUUUUGGUCAGGAAGGCUUCCCUCCGAGGCAGUGGGAAAUGCACUCAUCCUCUAGCUGAGAGUUUCCUUUAAUAUUCCUCCUAAGCAGAGAAAACCCCAAGUCACACCAAGUCCCUUUCUUCCCUUGAUUAACAGUGGAUCUAGGAGGAGAAGCCUGUGAUCACUUAAGGAGCAGCUGGUGGGGGCAGCUCUGAUCUGUCACAGCUGGAGGAACUCCAAAGAGACUUGACUGAAAUAUCAUUAAGGCUGGCCACCCCUUGCCAUUGGUUAGUUAAGAUCUCUAAAACUGUUGCAGCUUUUGAAGUUCCUCGUGGUGUCUGAUGUAAAAGGAGAGAAGACCAAGAGGUUGUUUGUCCUGAAUGUGUCCUCCCUGUGCAAUGUACAACACUGACUGUGAGAUAAAUGUGUUCUGAGUAUUUCAGGGUCUUUGGUUUAAAGUUUUUUUUUGUUUUUUUUUUGGAUCUGCUGUUAAGACUGCUUGUAUUUUGUUCUAGUACAGGUGUUUCUACAUGUUUCAUCCCUGUAGUUUGUUUGGUAGCUGUAGAGCAAGAUUUUCCUUUCCUGUGCAGCAAGUUU